AUGUUUACCGGUAUCGUCGAAGAAAUGGGCGAAGUUGUUUCGUUGACGCAACGAGACGAUAUGCCGUUGUGGGAUGGGACCAAAGGAUCGGGAACUGAAUUGACCGUCAAAGCAUCAAUCAUGAUGGAAGGUGCUUACUUGGGAUGCAGUAUUUGUGUUUCAGGCGUAUGCUUAACAGCAACCGAGCUCGAUUACGACGAAUCCAUCUUCAGGGUUGGACUUGCACCGGAAACAAUACGGCGGACCUACUUGGGAGAUCUGAAGACGGGAGACGCUGUCAAUCUGGAACGCGCAAGCGAAAUUGGUGGACGCAAUUCGGGGCACUUUGUCCAAGGCCAUGUCGAUGACACUGGAGAAAUUAUUGACCGGUGGACGGAUGAAGAUUCACUCUUUUUCAAGAUCAAGGUGACACCGGAUGUGUUGGCCUAUAUAGUACCAAAAGGAUUCAUUGCAAUUGAUGGCACGAGUCUUACUGUAUGCGAGGUCGAUUACCAAGAAAAAUGGUUCACGUUCAUGUUGGUCGAGUAUACACAGAAGAAAAUAAUUGUGCCAGCGAAAAAAGUGGGGGAUCGUGUCAAUCUAGAGGUGGAUGUCUUGGGGAAGUAUUCCGAGAAUGCAUUGGCAGCACUGAUUCCACGCUUGGAAGCGCUAGAAGCCAAGGUAGAAUCUCUAGAAAAGGCUUUGGUGGCUGGAAAAUAA